GUGCUUCCUUCUGCUUUCUAGUCCAGUUCGUCAGUUGAAGCCGAGCGGUCAAUCUGUGAGGAAUCGAAGUGCUUUAGAAGUCAGUUAUUCAGAACCAGAACUUGAAGAACAACAUCGAGCUCAAAAUGCGUUUGUUCAGUAUUCCACUGAGGACGAUACUGUUCCUGGUAAUGGCACUAGUGGCCGCGAAAACCCGGGCCAUCAUCUACCAGUGUGAUCACUUCGAGCGGGAACACUACAACGUACGGUACUGUGCACUGUUCAACGUGACGAUCGCCCAUUUUGCCGCCGAUGUUGACUUCCUGUCCGAGUAUCCGCGCCCGCACCGGAUCGAGUUUUUCCAGUCGAAGCUCACGGAAGUGCCGCGCACCCUUUUCUCCACCUUUCCCGAGCUGCUGGAGAUCAACUUUGACGAGUCGGGCGUAGAGCACCUGCCACGGUAUACGUUCGAGCACGCCAAGCAACUGCAGCGACUGACGCUGGCCGGAAACGAGCUGACCAGCAUCGGUGCGUUCGUGUUUGGUGGUGCGGAACGGUUGCAAUCGUUGAAUGUGUCACGGAAUCGGCUCAAAGAGCUAAAGGUCCAAUCGUUCAGUGAUGUGUUUGAGUUGAACGAGAUCGAUCUCAGUUACAAUCAGUUGGAAUCGUUGCCGACGGAUGUGUUUGCGUUGCUUACGAAGCUCAAGUCACUCUUCCUUCAUCACAAUCGACUAACGCAGCUUGCCGAUGGUACGCUACGGAACAACUUGCUGGCGACACUCGAUCUGAGCUACAAUCGGUUGCGAGAGUUCGACACAAGCCGCGUGAUGACAACCGAACCGACGGAGGUGCUCCGGUUGCGAGUGAAUUCGUUGCAAACGUUCACCAUACCGUUGAUCACGCACUUGAUCGAUCUGUCGGUAAACAAUGUGAGCGUGCUGCUGCGGACACAACCGGAACAACCGUGCAAUGUGCAGCAUCUAAACGUUUCACUUAACCGGUUGACCAAUCUCGUGAACGUCACUGAUCUCUCACGGUUGACGACGCUUGAUGUAUCUUUUAAUCCCCUCGGUAAUCUACCACUGACCACGUUUCUGUCCCUUCCGAACCUGAUCGUGCUUAAUCUAGAGGCCACCAACCAGACGCACCUCGAGCACGGACUGUUUUCACAGCAGCAGCGUCUCGUGUGGCUCGAUCUGUCCUUCAAUCGGCUGGAGCAGUUCGAACUGAGUGUGUUGACUGCGGCGACGGGGUUGCAACAGCUGUACCUCGAUGGAAACGCACUGACAAGCAUCGAUUAUGGGCAGCUUUAUGAGCUGAUGCCGGUACUGCGACAUCUUGGCCUGUUCGCUAACCACUGGAACUGCUCCUACUUGAUCCAGUUGAUGCGUUACUGCAAGCGGCAUGGUAUCAGCAUCGAACCCUCGAAACCGUACGCUACCGUGCUGCAUUUGCCGAACGUGCGUGGUAUUUACUGCCAAAGCUCACCGGCCGCACGGCUGCCUGUGUUUCAACCGAUCGGCCACUCGCCGAUCGACGAGAAUUCUCUGCAGGAUCUCCAGCAGCAGCAGCAGCAGCAGCAGCAAAACCAAUCGACUACCGUACCUUCGGUGGAAGAUAAAAGUGAGUCUUCAGCGCGGUUGCUAGAACUGAUGCAGCAGCUCAACCAAACAACACUCGAGCGCAUCGAACGGAUCGAUCGACGGGCGACGGUCACCGUGGGGGAUGUCACUCUACAUGCCUAUAGCGUUCAGAUUUUUAUCCUGCUUAUCCUGUCAGCCAUUCUGAUUAUUAACGUCGGUUUUCUGCUGUGGGUGCAGCACAACGCAAAUGCACGUCAGGCGGUCGAUCGUAUGAUCAUUUUCCGGCGGCAGCAGGGUGACUCGAUCGAAACUCAGCUACACAAUGACUUUUGAGCCCUUUUGAUAGCAGUUUAAACUCUUUUUUUUCUGACAAAUUUCUCAUACAUAGAUUGAUAAGAGCUACAAUUUGCAAUAAAUUACUUAAUACCUUUAGA